UGUGGGGCGGCCCAGGCCCUCCGCACGACCCCUCCCACCUCACCCCAGGACCGGCACUGUCCCCCUCGCCCCCGGUCCCCGACUGGCCCCGAGCCCUCCCGGCCCCCGCCUCCGGCGCAGCCCCCUAGCCACCCCCGCUUCCCUCCCGGCUCAGGCCCCCUCCCCCCGCCGCCCCCGCCCCCGGGGAAGGCAGGCGCCGCGCGGAGCCGGGGCCGAUGCAGCUGAGCCGCGCCGCCGCCGCCGCCGCCGCCGCCCCUGCGGAGCCCUCGGCGCAGCUGUCCCCCGCGCCGGCCCCGGCCCCGGCCCCCCCCGGUCCCCUCCCGCGUAGCGCGGCCGACGGGGCUCCGGCGGGGGGGAAGGGGGGGCCGGGGAGCCGCGCGGAGGCCCCGUGCGCUCCGCUCCCGGCCGCGAGCCUCCCGGGCCCCGGCCGGGGCGCGGGCACGGGCGCGGGGAUGGACGGCCCCGGGGCCAGCGCCGUGGUCGUGCGCGUCGGCAUCCCGGACCUGCAGCAGACGAAGUGCCUGCGCCUGGACCCGGCCGCCCCCGUGUGGGCCGCCAAGCAACGCGUGCUCUGCGCCCUCAACCACAGCCUCCAGGACGCGCUCAACUACGGGCUCUUCCAGCCGCCCUCCCGGGGCCGCGCAGGCAAGUUCCUGGACGAGGAGCGGCUCUUGCAGGAGUACCCGCCCAACCUGGACACGCCCCUGCCCUACCUGGAGUUUCGAUACAAGAGGCGAGUUUAUGCCCAGAACCUCAUCGAUGAUAAGCAGUUUGCAAAGCUUCACACAAAGGCAAACCUGAAGAAGUUCAUGGACUACGUCCAGCUGCACAGCACGGACAAGGUAGCCCGCUUACUGGACAAGGGGCUGGACCCCAAUUUCCACGAUCCUGACUCAGGAGAGUGUCCUCUGAGCCUUGCAGCCCAGCUGGACAACGCCACGGACCUGCUGAAGGUGUUGAGGAACGGUGGUGCUCACUUGGAUUUCCGCACCCGCGAUGGGCUCACUGCCGUGCACUGUGCCACACGCCAGCGGAAUGCCGCAGCUCUGACGACUCUGCUGGACCUGGGCGCUUCGCCUGACUACAAGGACAGCCGCGGCCUGACGCCCUUGUACCACAGUGCCCUGGGGGGCGGGGAUGCCCUCUGCUGCGAGCUGCUCCUUCACGACCAUGCUCAGCUGGGGACCACUGAUGAGAACGGCUGGCAGGAGAUCCAUCAGGCCUGCCGCUUUGGGCACGUGCAGCACCUGGAACACCUGCUGUUCUAUGGAGCUGACAUGGGGGCUCAGAACGCCUCAGGAAACACAGCGCUGCACAUCUGUGCCCUCUAUAACCAGGAAAGCUGUGCUCGAGUCCUACUUUUCCGUGGAGCUAACAAGGAUGUCCGCAAUUACAAUAGCCAGACAGCCUUCCAGGUGGCCAUCAUCGCAGGGAACUUUGAGCUCGCAGAGGUCAUCAAGACCCACAAAGACUCGGAUGUUGUACCAUUCAGGGAAACCCCCAGUUAUGCAAAGCGGCGGCGGUUGGCUGGCCCCAGUGGCCUGGCCUCCCCUCGGCCCCUGCAGCGCUCAGCCAGUGACGUCAACCUGAAGGGUGAGGUGCAGCCGGCAGCUUCUCCUGGACCUUCUCUGCGAAGCCUCCCCCAUCAGCUGCUGCUCCAGCGGCUGCAGGAGGAGAAAGACCGGGAUCGGGAUGGUGACCAAGAGAAUGACAUCGGUGGCCCCACAGCAGGCAGGGGCAGCCAGAGCAAGAUCAGCCCCGCGCCCCCCGCGCCGCCGCCCCGGGGCCCGAAGCGGAAACUUUACAGCGCCGUCCCCGGCCGCAAGUUCAUCGCCGUGAAGGCGCACAGCCCGCAGGGCGAGGGCGAGAUCCCGCUGCACCGCGGCGAGGCCGUGAAGGUGCUCAGCAUUGGGGAGGGCGGUUUCUGGGAGGGGACCGUGAAAGGCCGCACGGGCUGGUUCCCGGCCGACUGCGUGGAGGAGGUGCAGAUGAGACAGUAUGACACACGGCAUGAAACCCGGGAAGACCGGACGAAGCGCCUUUUCCGUCACUACACAGUGGGCUCCUAUGACAGUCUCACUUCACACAGCGAUUACGUCAUUGACGACAAGGUGGCUGUCCUACAGAAACGGGACCAUGAGGGCUUUGGUUUUGUGCUCCGGGGGGCCAAAGCAGAGACCCCCAUCGAGGAGUUUACACCCACGCCGGCCUUCCCUGCGCUCCAGUAUCUUGAGUCGGUGGAUGUGGAGGGUGUGGCCUGGAGGGCCGGGCUGCGCACAGGAGACUUCCUCAUCGAGGUGAACGGGGUGAACGUGGUGAAGGUCGGGCACAAGCAGGUGGUGGCUCUGAUCCGCCAGGGCGGGAACCGCCUCGUCAUGAAGGUUGUGUCUGUGACGAGGAAGCCAGAAGAAGACGGGGCUCGGCGCAGAGCCCCGCCGCCCCCCAAGAGGGCUCCCAGCACCACGCUGACCCUGCGCUCCAAGUCCAUGACGGCUGAACUUGAGGAACUUGAGAAGCUGGAUGAGAUCCUGGCAGCCGCCACGGAGCCCACGCUGAGGCCAGACAUCGCGGACGCCGACUCCAGAGCUGCCACUGUCAAACAGCGGCCCACGAGUCGGAGGAUCACACCUGCUGAGAUCAGUUCUUUAUUUGAGCGCCAGGGCCUUCCAGGCCCAGAGAAGCUGCCCGGCUCCCUGCGGAAGGGGAUUCCACGGACCAAGUCUGUAGGGGAGGAUGAAAAGCUGGCGUCCCUGCUGGAGGGGCGCUUUCCGCGCAGCACGUCCAUGCAAGAUACGGUGCGUGAGGGCCGUGGCAUCCCGCCCCCGCCGCAGACCGCACCGCCGCCCCCACCCGCUCCCUACUACUUCGACUCCGGGCCGCCCCCCGCCUUCUCACCGCCACCCCCUCCAGGCCGCGCCUACGACACAGUGCGCUCCAGCUUCAAGCCCGGCCUGGAGGCGCGCCUGGGCGCUGGGGCCGCGGGCCUGUACGAUUCUGGCGCGCCCCUGGGUCCGCUGCCCUACCCAGAGCGGCAGAAGCGUGCGCGCUCCAUGAUCAUCCUUCAGGACUCGGCGCCGGAGGCGGGCGACACCCCCCGGCCUCCUCCGGCAGCCACCCCACCGGAGCGUCCAAAGCGGCGGCCGCGGCCACCCGGCCCCGACAGUCCCUACGCCAACCUGGGCGCCUUCAGCGCCAGCAUCUUCGCGCCGUCCAAGCCUCAGCGCCGCAAGAGCCCGCUGGUGAAGCAGCUGCAGGUGGAAGACGCUCAGGAGCGCGCAGCCCUGGCAGUGGGCAGCCCUGGCCCGGGUGGCGGCAGCUUCGCCCGGGAACCCUCCCCGACGCACCGUGGGCCUCGGCCAAGCGGCCUUGACUACGGCCCCGGGGAAAGCCCCGGCCUCGCGUUCGGGGGCCCAGGCCCGGGCAAGGACCGGCGGCUGGAGGAGCGGCGCCGCUCAACCGUGUUCCUGUCGGUGGGAGCCAUCGAGGGCAGCACACCUAGCACAGACCUGCCCUCCCUGCAGCCCUCCCGCUCCAUCGAUGAGCGCCUGCUGGGGGCUGGCGCUGCCACCACCACCACCGGCCGAGACCUGCUCCUGCCCUCCCCCGUCUCUGCUCUGAAGCCAUUGGUCAGCGGCCCGAGCCUUGGGCCUUCAGGCUCCACCUUCAUCCACCCACUCACCGGCAAACCCCUGGACCCCAGCUCGCCCCUGGCCCUCGCCCUGGCCGCUCGAGAACGUGCUCUGGCCUCCCAGGCACCCUCCCGGUCCCCCACGCCUGUGCACAGCCCUGACGCUGACCGCCCCGGGCCUCUGUUCGUGGAUGUGCAGGCCCGCGACUCUGAGCGAGGGGCGCUGGCCUCCCCAGCCUUCUCCCCAAGAAGCCCCGCCUGGGUUCCUGUGCCUGCUCGGAGGGAGCCGGAGAAAGCACCCCGGGAGGAGCGCAAGUCGCCAGAUGAUAAGAAGUCCAUGAUCCUCAGCGUCCUGGACACAUCCCUGCAGCGGCCGGCCGGCCUCAUUGUCGUGCACGCCACCAGCAAUGGGCAGGAGCCCAGCGGGCUGGGGGCUGAAGAGGAGCGCCCGGGCACCCCGGAGCUGGCCCCCGCCCCCGCACAGUCAGCAGUGGUGGCAGAGCCCCUGGCGAGCCCCCGGGCUCAGCCCCCUGGCAGCACGGCUCCGACAGACCCCGGGCCGGGCCAGGGCAGCUCCGAGGAGGAGCCAGAGCUGGUGUUCGCUGUGAACUUGCCGCCCGCCCAGCUGUCCUCCAGCGAUGAGGAGACCAGGGAGGAGCUAGCCCGCAUUGGGCUGGUGCCGCCUCCCGAAGAGUUUGCCAACGGGGUCCUGCUGGCCACCCCACUUCCUGGCCCAGGUCCCUCACCCACCGUGGUGCCAGGCCCGGCCUCAGGGAAGCCGAGCAGCGAGCCGCCUCCUGCCCCUGAGUCUGCAGCUGACUCAGGGGUGGAGGAGGCUGACACACGCAGCUCCAGCGACCCCCACCUGGAGACCACAAGCACUAUCUCCACGGUGUCCAGCAUGUCCACCCUGAGCUCGGAGAGCGGGGAGCUCACUGACACCCACACCUCCUUCGCCGAUGGACACACUUUUCUACUCGAGAAGCCACCAGUGCCUCCCAAGCCCAAGCUCAAGUCCCCGCUGGGGAAGGGGCCGGUGACCUUCAGGGACCCGCUGCUGAAGCAGUCCUCGGACAGUGAGCUCAUGGCCCAGCAGCAUGCCGCCUCUGCCGGGCUGGCCUCCGCUGCCGGACCUGCUCGCCCUCGCUACCUCUUCCAGAGAAGGUCCAAGCUGUGGGGGGACCCCGUGGAGAGCCGGGGACUCCCAGGGCCUGAAGAUGACAAACCAACUGUGAUCAGUGAGCUCAGCUCUCGCCUGCAGCAGCUCAACAAAGACACACGCUCCUUGGGGGAAGAGCCGGUUGGUGGCCUGGGCGGCCUGCUGGACCCUGCCAAGAAGUCGCCCAUCGCGGCAGCUCGGCUCUUCAGCAGCCUCGGUGAGCUGAGCUCCAUCUCAGCGCAGCGCAGCCCUGGGGGCCCGGGCGGCGGGGCCUCCUACCCGGUGCGGCCCGGCGGCCGCUACCCCGUGGCGCGGCGCGCCCCGAGCCCAGUGAAGCCCGCGUCGCUGGAGCGGGUGGAGGGGCUGGGGGCGGGCGCGGGGGGCGCGGGGCGGCCCUUCGGCCUCACGCCUCCCACCAUCCUCAAGUCGUCCAGCCUCUCCAUCCCGCACGAGCCGAAGGAGGUGCGCUUUGUGGUGCGCAGCGUGAGCGCACGCAGCCGCUCGCCCUCGCCGUCGCCGCUGCCCUCGCCAGCGCCUGGCCCCGGCCCCGGGGCCCCCGGCCCGCGCCGGCCCUUCCAACAAAAGCCGCUGCAGCUGUGGAGCAAGUUCGACGUGGGCGACUGGCUGGAGAGCAUCCACUUGGGCGAGCACCGCGACCGCUUCGAGGACCACGAAAUCGAGGGCGCGCACCUGCCGGCGCUCACCAAGGACGACUUCGUGGAGCUGGGCGUCACGCGCGUGGGCCACCGCAUGAACAUUGAGCGCGCGCUCAGGCAGCUGGACGGCAGCUGACGCCCCCUCCCCACGUCCCAGCCGCGCCCUGCCGGCAGGGCCCCCCACCCCCACCCCCGGGCCGCGGGCUCGGCCUGCCCCCCCACAAAGGCGCCCGGGCCAGGAAUGUUGCAUGAAUCGUCCUGUUUGCUGUUGCUCGGAGACUUGCCCUGUACAUUGCUUAGUGCCCUCCCCGGCCGGCGAGUCCCACCCAGCACACGGUCAGGAAGGGGGAGGGCCAGGGGAGGCUGGAGCGGGAGAGGGUUGGGGGUGGGGUGCUCCGGCCUGACCAUCUCCCGCACAGCUCCUGGUGGCUACUCUCCCAGAGGGGGGGGACCUAGUCCAGCAUGCGAGGUCAGGACACACCUUGGUGACUCGGGGGGAGGGGGGAGACUUGGGGUUCUCGGUUGGGGGCCUAGGAGCCCCCCCCUGUUUUGCAUAUUUUAAUCCACUCUAUAUUUGGAACGAGAAAAGGAACAAAUAUCUCUGUCCUUAAUAGCUUCCCUUCCCCUCCCCUACAGCCCCCCCCCCCCCACUGGUUCCGCUGCUGCUGCCCAGUCUUCCAUCUCUGGCCCCUCACUGCCACUGCCACCCCACAUGGGGCGGGGGACGCUCCAGCUGGUCUGGGGUUGGCCAGGGUCCUAGUAGCCCGCCCUGGGGCCCCAGCUCGGCCCUCUCCCCUCGCUGAGCUAUAGUGUGCCCCACCGACCCUUCAGGUGCUGCGUGGAGGAGGGGCGGCAGGCAGCGAGUCCUGCUGGGCACUAGCCAGGUCAGGUGGCCUGGGAGACCAUUGCCCUGGGGAGGGGCAGGGCCCUGGCAUCCGCCCCAGCCAAGUCCCUCACAGGGUCCCUUCCCAGGAGGGGUCUAGCCUCCUCCCCACACUGUUGGGCAACCACAGCAGAGAAGCCUCCCUGCCUCAGACCCCAAAGUCUCCUGUUCCUGCCCUGUGUGUGUGUGUGUGUGUGCGCGCGCGCGCACGUGCGAGUGUGUGAAACUCUGGGUGCGGCUGAGUGCGUCGGAGCCCUGUGUGUGCCUGACUGGAGUGUGGUCCCAACGGGCCACUCUGGACUAGUGUGGGGGCUUCAGCAGUGUGCACAGGGUGCAUGUAUGGGUGUGUCCCUGUGAAAGCACCCCAUUUCCACUUCCAAAGAAAGUCAGAGGCACCCUAGGACCUGCUGUUUGCCCAGCCCGUCCUUCCAGAGCCUCGUCUAGCCUGAGCGGGCCUCCUUGGUGAGGCUCUGCUGCUUGGACAGGCUCCCAAGAGCCCUUGGAGGCAGUGCCCCGCCCCCCACUGGGCUUCUGGGGGGGGAAUCAUAGAGGACCCCUAGAGUCAGGCCACCGCAAGCCCUGGGGAGAGGCAAAGACCCCAGAGGGCACCCCAGCCCCCCUUACUGUGACUCCUCACACUCAGCAAUGACCUGUGGGGUGGGGGGCCCUGGGACGUUUUUAAACCUAGGGUUUGGAGUCUGGACUAAGCUCCAUCCACGUCACUCACAAGUUUCUGUUUAUAUUUCUAGCUUUUUUUAAUAAAAAAAAAAAACAGAAAACUGAAGUUUUCACAGCCCAGGGGACUGGCACGCCGGUCUGUGCCCGCCUGCCCCGCCCUGGCCCACCGGCCCCAUUCCCUGGGCAGAGUCACACCCAGUAACCCUCUCACCGACAGACCAGGUCACACACAGCAGCAGUCACUGUAACAGACUGCCACAUACACCCUCAGUCUCACACUCACCUGUGGGUUUUUGGUUCCGUUCAAUUUGGGUUUUUAACUUUACAGGGUCAGUCCCGCUUCACCCCUCCUUUUGUAUGGAGUUCCAUCCGGGGGAUUUCACCCCUGCUCCAGUCCUGAGGCCUCCUGACCCUGACGUUGUGAUACACCCCACAGAGAUCUAUGUUUCUUAUAUUAUUAUUAUUGAUAAUAAUUAUUAUAAUAUUAUUAUGUAAUAAAUUUAUAAGAAAUGAAG